AUGGCACGCAGGACAAAGACACUGGCUGAACAGCUCGCCGAGCUUGAUAAUCCUGCUCCCAAGGACUUUGACCCGGAAGAGGAACCGCCCCAGGACGACAGCGAGCAAGACGUUUCCGAAGACGACAACACCGCCGCAGCAAGAGAACACUACGUUGAUGUCGGAAAGAGCAAGCUACGCAAGCGCGAUGUAGUCCCUCUUGGACCCAGAUACGAAGGCGCUCGAAUCAGCAGAGACGCCGCUACUGGAGAAGACGAGGACGAGGACGAUCCGUUCAGCAAGGGCUUUGAUGAGGAAGAGAGUGAGGAUGAUGUCGAGGAUGCUGCUGAGUUGUCUGCCUCGGAGGGCGAAGAUGAAGAUGUCAGCGAUGAGGACGAGGAUAUGCGAGAUGGCGACGAGAGCCCUGCUACCGACAUGAGCGACGAGGAUGACGACGAUGAAGAGGAAAAUGAUGACGAUGAGGAGGAGGACGAUGACGAUGAGGAAGCAGAAGACAAGACCGAACUCCGCAAAAUGAUGGCCGAAGAGCAAAAAACAGUAGCCGCAAGCCUCUCGCAAGCAGCAAAGCAAGAUGCAGAAAAAGGUCGCGCAGUCAAGACCCAACGCACAACCUUUGACUCGCUGCUCAACGCACGCAUCAAGCUCCAGAAAGCUUUGAUCGGCACAAACACUCUGACCGGCGUCAUCUCAGACCCUGCUGCUUCAGCAGACGACACCCAAGAUGCCUUCCUCGCCGCCGAAACCGCAGCCUUCACCCUCUGGUCAACUCUCAACUCCCUCCGCGAAACCCUCGAGUCCAGCCGCACAGGACACAAACGCAAACACGCCUCCUACACACUAGACACACCCACCGAGGACCUUUGGAACCACAUGCGCAGCCAAGAACUCUCAGCCGCACCGUCCCGCGCCUCCGUCCUCGAAAAAUGGAAUCAAAAAGCCAGAGGCGCUUCCGCCAUCACUCCCAAGAACAAACUCAACAACUCUUCAGCGAACCAGAGUAUAGUCGAUGUACUGCAAGAACAACUCCACGGCGACCGCCUCACAAAGCGCGCAAGGACACCCCGCUCAUGCGCACCCCUCCAACUCGCCGCUGCUGCAUCCACCACCUCCGAGUCUUCACCCAUCUACGACGACGCGGAUUUCUACGGUCUCCUGCUCCAAAGUCUUCUCGAACAACGCAGCGCCGAUUCCAUCGCCGCUUCUGCCUCCUCUUCGGUAUCGUUGUCUCUACCCACUGGUUUCCAAAUGCGCAGAGAAGCAAAGACCAAGAAAAACAUCGACACCAAAGCUUCAAAAGGCAGGAAGAUGAGGUAUACGGUACAUGAGAAGCUUCAGAACUUUAUGGCGGUCGAGGAUAGAAGUACAUGGGCGGAGAGGGCUGCCGAUGAGUUGUUUGGCAGUUUGUUCGGCGCGCGCAUGGGCUUGGGUGAAGAUGACGAGGACAACGAGGUGCAGGAGCAAGAAGAUGAGGGAGAAGAGGCGGGCUUGAUGAUGUUUAGAUCAUAA